AUGGUGCUAGAAUUGAUAUUACACCUGAAAAACGAUGUAACAUUUGUAAAAGACCGCAAGAAAUCAAAAUUGUUAAUUUCGACACCGAUUUGGAAACAGACUCCGGUGGAAAUGUUAGCCAUCAACUUUCGGUUGCCAGCUGCCAACCUUCAGUUGAAGAGUAUGCCAAAGAUCAAAUUAGAACAGGGUGGAAAGGGUAACAAUGAUGUCACCACGACUCACAUGAUCAAACAGAAAGACAAGCAAAGGCAUGGUAGAACACCGAUUCGGAUGCAGCGGUCAUUCCACUCGCAGAUGCCCGAUGAGCACGAUGCUGCUGCUGGCGCUGUCCCGUCAGCUAGCUGGCAGCAUCCACAAAUUGGUCAAAAUUCUAAUUUGAGAGCAAGAAGUAUGGAGCGACCUCCAGUCGAUCAGGACGCUAGUGUCAAACAAGGAGAAAAGUUUUGGUCAGGACCAUUGAGAUGUUCAAAUUACAAAUCUGGUCGACGAGAUCCUGUACUAAUGUCCCAAUUGGCUUUUGAAAAACUGAAUAACAAAGAAGAACGUAGGCGUAGUGUGCCGAAUACCGCCUUACAAAUUUCACAUUUCAGUGAUCUGUCAAAGGGUCAUCUGAUCAGCAGCAUUACCGAACUAGUGACAACUGAAGAGAUUUAUGUCAAACAUUUACAGAAACUUAUAUCCCAGUAUCUGAGGCCUUCGAACCUGCCAAUUUUAGAGCUCACUGAGAAGCUCUUGAAAGUACAGACAUCUUUUUUGACCUCACUAAUAGAUGCUGCCGGAGACACAGUCCAUGGAACAGAUAUUUCGGAACAGCAACUUCGAGACGCUUUAAUUCGAAUAUUUGCUUUAUUUGUAAAUAAAUGCAGUAAGUUUAAAAUCUACAGUGAAUAUUCAGCAGGAUUUUUACGAUUUCAACAAGAAAGAAAAGUGUGGGAACUGGAAAAGAUUAAUUCGGCGAAACAGCAAGGAGAAGGAGUGCAGUCGUUAUUGAUAAAGCCUAUCCAGCGUGUACUGAAGUACCCGUUGUUUCUGCAACAAAUGAAGGACAACUGCACCAAAGGUUGCGUAGAACGGCAGCAGGGUGAGCAGGCCCUUCAACGGAUGCAUGCUUUAGCCGACUACAUCAACGAGAUGCAACGGCUCAUUGAACAGUACGGCAAAGACAUUGAGGAAAUUGCAGCCAAAAAUGCUUCUGCAUCUCAGAUGAAAUUCAGCCAGCUUUUAAUGUUCGCUCACGUAGACUGGUUGAACAGCUGUGAAAAAGGUGUCACAUCUUGUUUGGCUUUCGUAUUCACCUCAGUGGUGCUCAUUUUGUGCCCUACUCAUUCCAAAAACAAGGGGAAGUUUCACAAAAUUCUUCCAGUUCCUGAAGUGACAAUAACUGAAGGUGCUGAUGAGAUAAGUGAAUCGAAGUACUUUUUUACCAUAAACCACUUGAAUACGCAGCAGCAGACUUCAGAAACUUUACAGCUGUGUUGCUGCCAAGUUGACGUCAAAAAUCAGUUUAUCAAGGCUGUACAAAAAGCAUCUACAAUAACCAAGAAAGACCAUCGUCGCCCGUUGAGUGGUAGCAGUCAAUCUGACGGCGGUUACGGAAGUGAUCGUCACCAUUCUUGA